UUCUUGUUUAUUUGACGUUCUUUCAUUUUCUGUGGAUCAAAAGAGGGGAUUUUCUCAUUAUCCAUUGAAAAUCAAGCGCGAUAAACGCCAGGAAAUAUUUCGCUGAACGUUUUCAUUAAAACCGCAAAUCUGGAAGUGCUACAAGUACCGAGAGAGGACGGCGAAAUGACGUCCAUUGCAAGAAGACGGGAGCAUGAUUCCGGGGAUUAUUCAGACGCUUCUCAGCAAGAAAAUGACCAGGACACCUCUGGAAACGGUGGUGUUCAGAACGAGUCGGAUUAUGACUCGGCUGCAAGUGAUUCUGAGCGGUCUGAUAGAGAUCCGGACAAUCAGGAGACCGAACGGAGAGUAGAUGAUGAUGAGGACAGAAGCAACCCUCAGUACAUCCCCAAACGAGGCACGUUCUACGAACAUGACGACCGAACCGCUGCUAGCGGAGAAGAAUCGAGCAAUACGGUGUCAGAAACAGCAUCGGAGAAGAAGGAAGGAACGGAGACGCCUUCGGAGCGGCGCCGCGGCCCGCGGAAGUCAGAGUCGCUCAACAAGUGGUCCCACGACAAGUAUAACGAGAACGAACAGAUGCCGAAGUCCCGUGACGAACUGGUGUCUAUAUACGGAUAUGACAUCAGGAAUGAGGAUGCUCCUCCCCACGCUAGACGCAACAGACGAUAUGGCCGCGGUCCAAACAAGUACACGCGCACAUGGGAGGACGAGGAGGCAUACAGGAGGCAGGCGGCGGCGCCGCAGCCCCGCAAGCCGCCCAGCGCUGAGGACUUCCCUGAACUAGACGCUAACAAUAGAAACAGCAAGAAGCGUCCCCCCCGCACGCGGUCGAAGUCCCAGCCGUCGUCGACGGAGUCGGUGGAGCAGGCAGGGCUGCGCCGCGUGGUCUCCAUCAAGGGUCGCAAGCCGCGCACGAAGCCCCGCGCCGACGCUCCGGUUGAAAAGGAAACCGUCAACAUCACCCUCACUAACACACAUUACAAUAACAGUAGUCCGAGCCAGCCGCAGCGCAAGGUGAACGUGGCUGUGGCUCAACAGAGACCCGUGCCCACUGAGCAGGGGAAGAAGAAACCACCGGCGCCCGCGCAGCCACCACCCCAAAACAACAGCGCGCCUAAGCCGACCCCCCCGCAACAACAGACCCAGCAACAACAGCAACAGAAGCCGCAACAACAACAGAACCAGACACAACAGCAGCCGCAAGAGUCCCGCGGUGGCAGCAAACGCUACAGUAGUCUACGACAACGCCCGCUCGACACGUAUUCGCCGACACAACACGCGUACCAUGAGUAUCCGGGUGGGCAGGCGGCCAACCAGCACCAGGGCAGCCCGGCGCCGCAGAUGCCACACCCACAGCAACUCAUGCAGCAGAUGCACCGCACAGCGCCAGUUAACCAGCAGCACGGCCCGUCGCCCCCCCACCAACAGUUGCCACAACAGCCGCUGCCGCAACAACAGAUCCCCCCACAACAAAUCCCGCAACAACAGAUUCCCCCGCAACAACUCCCGCAACAACAGAUACAACAGCAACAGUUGCAGCAACAACAGAUGUCUCAGCAACAACAGCAGGUUCGGCUGGGCAUGUUGGAGCAGCAACAGAUGGUAUCACACCCGCACCACACCAUGCACAACAUGCCACAACACUCUAUGGGCCAGAUGCAGCCGGCUCAGGGGUACGCGCCGCCCGCAAUGAUGCCAGCACAAUAUAUGCAGCAGGGCGGCAGUGGUGCGGUGUUCGGCGGCGCACCCAUGUACGCGCAGCCGCCGGCGCCGUACCCACAUCAGAUAUACCAGCAUCACAACUAUGUGCCGGGCGCGGCGCAGGCGGGCGGCGUGACGUACUACAGCUGCGCCGAGCAGGAGCCGCCAGCGCCGCCCGCGCGUGCGCCGCGUCGGCCCACCGCCGCCAUACCCAUAGUGAGGCCCGCCGCGCCCAGCCCGCCGCACACUGACAGGCCGGCGAAUUCGUCUGAGAAGGACAACAUAGACAGGAUUGUAGAAAAUAUGUUCGUUAGGAAGCCAUGGCCGGCGACACACGGCGCCGAUUCAAAAGAAAAAUCUGAAACACGCGGCUCCCAGGAACCGGCAAGCAAGGAGUCUUCACAACCAAACAGCCUUACUUCAAGUUCCAUAUCAACGGAUUCCAAACCAUCUGAAAGCAUAGAACAGUCCACGCAACAACAGCCUACGCAACAACAGCCCGCGCAACAACAGACACAACAGCCUUCACAACAACAACAGGAGCCAAAAGAACCCCAAAACAACAGCGAACCCCAAAAAGAGAAGGAGAGUGCCCCCGUUGAGUCGCAAGAGACUCCAUCAGAGGAAAGCAUAUCAACAAAUGCUUGACUGGUAAGGAUAAAGCAUUAUGAAUGCUACCAAUCUAAAUAUUAUAGCGGACGGUAAAUCUAUCACAAACACGCGUUUUGUACAUUUAAAUCAUAGACCUCGUAUGACAAAUAGGCAACCAAUCUCUGUAAAAAAGCGUACAACCGAUAUCGCACUUUAAAUUUGAACACCCAUAACAUCUUAAUUUAAGGGAACGAACUUAUACUAUCUACAUAAUUCAAUGUAUACGUAUUUACGACACGGUACGGAUGUUUCUUUUUUAAAAAAACUUGCGAAUGUGAGUUUAUAGAAUGUCAGUGAUUUAAAUAGACUUUUUUAAACUAGAAAUAAAACUGUCACGGUGACAUUUUUUAAUCUGUGUGAUUUUUCUUGUCAUAGAAAAUGUUAGUGUAGUUCUUAUUGUAUACGCGUCAUGGCCGUUUGUUUGUAGGCGAUUUUUUACUAUAACAUACCUUGGGCACGCUUUACCCCUAUAUCGCCUUACCACGUAAGUGCGAGUGAGAUAGUCGCGCGACCCUACUAUGAAUUAGUGCGGGACGGAGAGUUACCUUUAUAUACAUAGUGUUAUUCUUUAUUCUAUGUCUAUAGCUAAAUAUGAAAGUUUUUUCAUCUCACCUGACGCGACGACGUGGCCAAAGGUGGCACGCUUACCUAAAGUGAAAACGCAGGGAAAAAGCAGUGAAUAUAUAAACUUUAGCUGGUGGCAGCUCUUUGACAGUUGCUGUCAAUUCGAAGGGCCAUUUUGAAUUUUAUAUUUAAUAUGGCAACUCUGUAACAGAUUAACGUAAAGUUUUUAAAAUUAAAUUGCACAAUUUCACGUCUCUUUUAUUGGCAACAUAGAGCUUAAAUUUAAUUUAAGCGGUUCUAAAAUGAACUUUUGAAUAAUAAAUUGUCUUAAAUGGACAAAACGUGUGUAAAAGAAUCGAAUCUUAAUGUAAAAAAUACACUUUCAACGUAUGUAUUUGGCUGUGUUCUAUUCUGUAUGGGCUGUAGAAAUACAAUAAAAUAAUCUUAAAAUAAAAUUAGGCUCGCUGUAAUCUGCAUCAAUAAGCCUUAAUAUAAAAUAAAAAUCAAUACGUACCAGUCAGUCCACACUCAACCGCGCCCCGACUGACUGGGACUUGCUUCAUUGCCGGUAUCGACAUCACAAAAAUUUAAAUUAGUUUGACUUUAACUUAUUUGAAUACUUAUGAAUAAUGUAACUUGUUCUAAUGACUUUAAAAACUGUUAUUAUAAUUAUGUUAUCUUCCUGUUUCUUGAUAAAAUACAAUUGUCAAUUCUGUUUUGACAAAACAAAAGUGGUUACUGCAAGUAUGCUUACUAUUUUGACUCUGCCUAUACAAUAUUACAUGCACCUAUAUUCCUUGUUUGAAUCUUUUAUUCUUAAGACUUUUCUACUUUUGAAAUUUAAAAAGCAGUCUUCAUUUCUCGCCCAACAGAAUCCUCCUAAAAUUAUUUAUGAACUCGUAAAUUGUAUAAUAAAUAGGUCUUAAAUUAUGACGUAUUUAUGUAUAUAUUAUUAUCCUAAAUGAUGACGAUAAAGUCUUGACUGUUUUCACUCAUAAUGUCAAAGUCUAUACUAUAAAAUAGUAGAUAAGUUUACUAAUUUUUGCUACUAAAAUGAGAGUAGAGAGGUUAUCAGCCGUGAUCGGGAUAGGAAACGCCAUUUGGGGUCAAUAAUGUAUGUUGUGGUUAAUGUGGAUAUGACCUCGAGAUUUUUGAGAUUGCGCGAUUACGUUACAUUGUUUUCUUCUUGUUGAAUUAAAUAAAAGUGAAUUGUUUCAGAUAUCAUAAGUAUAGUCAUGAGUAAUAUCAUGUACCCAUUUUAGAACCCUGUCGCACUAUCAUAUUUGACAUUUAAUGAGACUUACGGUUUAAUUUGUCAAAAAAGUUAAUGUGACAUGGUUUCUACGUGUAUAUAUUAUAUUAGUGCUCGUGACCGUAGAGUAAUACUGAUAUUAUAAUUGUGAAAGUUUGUUCAUCCAGACAAACAGUUAAAAAAAUGAAAUGAAUUAUUUUAUUUGAAUCCAUAUUUGUUAGUAACAAUGUGAAAUUGAAACUAUGUUAGUACCUAUUCUACACACACGUGACACAUACAUUGGAACUGCCAAGUUGUUAUUGUUUAGAUAUUUACAACAGCAUCCUCUUCGUGAAAUAUCUUGACACGUAGGUACUGUUUUUGGGUGAAGACACGUCUUUCACAGAAUUGGACUGUCCCACCUAUCAACAACGGGUUAGUUAAGGCAAAAAUAAAUAAUAAACAAAACAAUACAAAUAUCUUAAAUAAUUUACAAAAUAAAAAUAAAUGACUAAUGAAAAAUUCGAAUAUUGUGUAUCGAAUAUUCAAGAUUUGGGAGGCAUAUCCAUGUUAGGAGAAAUCUCGCAAAUGGCACUACCUUAUAAAAAAAAAACGUUAUUUCUUCUUCUACAGUCUUAUAAACUACCAUAAAAACAAAAAUAAUAUUCAAAUUGGGCCGUAUGCAGAAGACAGGAACCCAAACUAGGUAGACCCUGUGUCUUGGGAUCCUGUUCUCCUCCCACGAACCACAUUUCGUUAUUUUUAAAAUAAGUACUUAUAUCUAGAGUAACAGUUUAUAUCUGCAUUAACUCCAUCAAUGUAACUUUUGAGAUAAAAGCAUACAACUUUAAUCCACAUGCAUUCUUAUCUAUCCCAAUCACUGGUUAUCUCUUAACUCAUAUCGUACCGUAAAAACCUCGUAAUUAAGUAGUUCUUCGGACACCGGAAGUCAAUAUCAGUACCGUGAACGCAAAAAAUAUCCCCGAAUCUUUUUUUUUGCAAAUACCCAGUAAAAUCCAGUUACAACUUACGUAUGUCGCCAACUUACGUAGUUCUAAUAAUUGAUCGAAGCCCGCGUUAUAUGUCGCGUCUUCGAAGACGGUUUUGAUGACGAUUUUGAUGACGUGAUUUGAUGUCUUUUCUCCUCCUUUAAAAACAAAUCAAUGCAAAACGAAUGUAGCUAUACAAUUUGAGAAAAGUAAUCGUGAAGUUAAUAACGCUAUAUUGAAGCAAUUCAUCUAAAAAAGCAAUAUUGCUAUUUGGCAUUUGAUACUCACUUUUAUAUGCGCAAAUGUUAAAUAGCAAUAUUGCUUUUUAUAUGACUUGCUUCGAUGUAGACUUCUUAGACGCCCUGUUAUGGAUCUCAGAAGAAUGGUGUGGUUGUAGUGUUUUUUUUUUAAAUUGGACCUUUGGAGUUUGGCGUAAGAGUACGCUUGCGAUAGUGACAGGCCCCUAGAAAAACAAAACAAUAAAAAAAACAGUAACCCAUUUAAAGGUGGCGGUGUCCAUAAUUAUUGCUGCCGCCACUCCCUGUUAAAAUUUUUAGUUUUACGGUUCCUUUUUUUGUUUU